AAAAUGUCUGCUCUGAACAGGAAGCGAAAUCCAACCCAACCAAUAGGAUACACCGAGUAAAAUAAUUUCAUCCGUUUUAUGUAGUUCUGGUGGGCUCCUAGCCGAUCGCUUCAGACCCACAAUGCACUGGCUGACUCUGAGACGCCUUCAGCCAACAAAGCUGCGUAGCCUUCAGCUUCUGAGGAACAGAUGCUCGUCGCAGAAGCAAUUACCGAUCUUAACCCUCUUCACCAAGGAUCCGUGUCCUUUAUGUGACGAGGCCAAAGAGAUCCUGGAGCCUUAUAAACAGAGGUUUGUGUUACAGCAGGUGGACAUCACGCGGCCGGAAAACAGCGCGUGGUACGACCGUUACAAGUACGACAUUCCCGUGUUCCACCUGAACGGACAGUUUCUCAUGAUGCACCGAGUCAACGUCGCCGUCCUGGAGAAGAGCUUGGCGAGAAUCGAGGACGAGAACAUUUGAGUUGGUAAUCAAAAGCGUUUGGAAGCGUAGCAUUAUACCGUGCAAACAAUGUACGCUCACGAUGUACAGUGCCCAUUACACAUCUGUUAAAAUAAAGGCGAGUGGGACCAGU